UUGGAUGCCAUCGCCGUUUAACCUCAUCGAAGAAGACAGGCAGCGGAGGGGAGAAACGUUCUGGAACUGCAGGUCGGUGGCAGCACGAUAGUAUGCAAAAGAUGCUGACAAUAAUCUCCAACGUGCUGAGGGGUAGUGCAAGCAGAAAUGGAGCCCAGGUUGUGUCAGAGUCCUCCAUGCGCAGGGCUGUUUUGCAGCUGCUGGCAGUCCAGGGGCAGUAUGCUGACAUAACCUCUCCACCAGAUCCAGCACUACGACCCUACAAGCCAGACACAGAUUUAUACUCCAUCUCACACAGUCCUCCAGCAGACAAUUUCAAAAGACCAAAGACUGAUCUAACAUUUACUGAAAUAGACCCCAGUGCUGUACUGUCCACAGAACGUACAUUUGACAGCAGACUAAUACCUGAAGAAGAACCCCUAGAAGUCACUCUAGUCGAUCCGUCCCCUGUCUUUAACAGUAAACCUGAAGAGGAGUUAUUUGACACUGACAAACCAUUUGCAGAUCUAUCACUUCACCACGUGAUAAAUACGGAACCGCCAGUCUCUGAGUUAUCCGUAUCAGAGCAACCAAAUCUAAUCUCACCAGAACUCUUCGCAACUGGCCUGACUGUUUCAGAAGCAGAACCCUUGGCAGAUACCGCCUUGACUGUUUCAGAAUUACCUUUAUCCGAACCAUUUGUGAGUACAAACCCAUUUAUUCCAGAAUCAAACUCAUCUGAACGGUCAGCUGCUAUGGCCUCUCAAGUAUCAGAAUCGACUUUACCAGAGCCUCCAUUAACCUCUGAUGCACCUAUCAUAGCCCACUCUUCAACACAAGCAGAAAUGGACUUUGACCAACUAACGCUAGAAAUAUCAUCACCAGAACGACCUCUAAACACAGACCAAACGACUCAGGAAUUAAACCCACCCGAACCUGACAUCAGUACAAACAGCCACACUUCCAUAUCUGAGCCUCAGCUGGCAGAGAGGAGCCAGAAUACAGACAUAAUGUUGCUUUCACGCCCUGAGAUCGCCCUCAGCCUGACUGAAGACGCUCCUUUACCAGAGCCACAGCUUGCUGCCGCCAGCAUGGUGGCGUCGUCACGUUCAUAUGCUGAUUUCACUCCUGAGGCCACCUUUGACAUAAAGAAAGUUGACCUUCAUCGUCUGGAGGAGGGCCCACCCCUGACGGCCACUCUGACCCGGGAGGAGGGGCUGAAGUACUACCGCACCAUGCAGACAAUAAGACGCAUGGAGCUGAAGGCAGAUCAGCUGUACAAGCAGAAGAUCAUCAGAGGCUUUUGUCACCUGUAUGAUGGCCAGGAAGCCUGUGCGGUUGGCAUUGAGGGGGGUAUCACCCUGUCAGAUCACCUGAUUACUGCAUACCGCGCCCAUGGCUACACCCUCACCAGGGGCGGGACCGUCAGGGAGAUCAUGGCUGAGCUCACUGGUCGUAGAGGAGGCAUUGCUAAGGGCAAAGGAGGCUCUAUGCACAUGUACACUAAAAACUUCUAUGGAGGCAAUGGCAUUGUGGGAGCUCAGGUACCGCUGGGAGCCGGUGUAGCCCUGGCCUGUAAGUACCUGGGCAAUGACCAGCUGUGUGUCAGUCUCUAUGGUGAUGGAGCAGCCAACCAGGGUCAGAUAUUUGAGACCUAUAACAUGUCGUCUCUUUGGAAGUUGCCCAUCAUCUUCAUCUGUGAGAACAACCAAUAUGGCAUGGGCACAUCAGUAGAGCGCUCUUCUGCCAGCACCGAAUACUACAAGAGAGGAGACUACAUUCCUGGCCUCAGGGUGGAUGGGAUGGAUGUCCUGUGUGUUAGAGAGGCCACCAAGUUUGCAGCUGAUCACUGCCGAUCUGGAAAGGGCCCUAUCCUCAUGGAGCUCCAGACCUACCGUUACCAUGGACACAGCAUGAGCGAUCCUGGCGUCAGGUUUGACAUGAAGUGGAUUUCCACUGACUGAAGUGGAUUUAACAAGUGACAUCAAUAAGGGAUCAUUUCUUUCACCUGGUCAGUCUAUGUAAUGGGAACAGCAGGUGUUCUUAAUGUUUUGUAUACUCUAUUGUUCUUAUUGGAUUAGUAGAUUACUAUUGUAGAUUAUUACCUACCUAUCUGUUUUUUUCUCUGGAGAAGUUAUUUGAACUCCCAUCAGUAAACAGGUUUCCAUCCAACCAUUUAAUGCGGAUGAUUUACCUGGCGCAUAAAAACAGCCACGACAGGACUAAUGGAAACAGGAAAUGUCGGUUAAAAUUCAUAAAUGUCGACAAUUUGUUUGUUCGACAUGGUGGGAUCUUUUUGUCUGUAAAAUUAGUUACGUGAGAAAUGGAGGUGGAAGCGCCUUUAUGCACAAAUAUUGAUAAUGGCCACAAGUCACGCAAUGAUAUGUUACGUUAUAGGCCUACCACCACCACGCGGAAAAGCAUGACAGUUUAUAGGUAGAUGAAAUAAAUUAAUAUGAACUUCACAUGGUGGUUAAGUGCAAUGAUCAAGCAAAUCCAAAUGGCUAAAUAUCAAGGGUAGACUAUUUGAUUGCUGGUGACAUGAUUAUCGCUGCUUGCUGCCAAUUUAUCAAAUAAAUUGGUCUUGUUCUUAUCCAUAUCUCAUCAUAUAACCUGUCCACUUUAUCAGCAAACUUGUCUAGGAAGCAUGCGCCAAAACAAGAUUGGGCAAGUUUUCUGUUUAACAGUUUUGGGGGUUAAGGCCCUUGGGAACGUAAUCUGGCCAUGAUAACAAGAUAGACUAACCUAUCUAGCUAACAUGGGCUAGUAGUUGAUCAACUGAAGAUUUGACAGUUUAUUAAUUACUCUCUCUGGUCUGUCGGUGAAUGACAGUGGGGAAACUGCCCAUAUAAAUGUAGAAAUUGCACCGUGUUCAUUCUACUAGUAUAACUCUCAACAUCAAUAAAUUGAAAGCCCUACUGAGUUCCUACAUUUAUUUAUUUUAAUUACCCCGUUUUGGGUCUGUGGUCCGUCAGUUUAGUAUGGCUGGCAUAGUAUAACGUUACUGUAAGACAAAAACCACCUCAUUUCUGAGAUUUUAGGAUGAUUGUGCGAACGGUCGCAUUUCUCAUGCGGCCAACCUCCAGCGUGCACCAGCAGGGCAAAAUAUGUGCUUUGAUUGAAACAAAAUACAGGCAUGCUACAGUUUGUUAACGUGGUAACACCAUCUGCUUUUUUAAUACACUGUACAUAAUUUGAAACAACACUGUACAUAACUAAGAAGAUCUACACGCCUAUUCCGAUGUAGCUGACUGAGAUCAAAUGGUCGGCAUGCAUAUGCUGCAUGGACGCUUCACUGGUAAAACCUGACGAAUUAUCAUUCACAAUUGACAGUGAGAAAUGUGAAGGGAGGGUUACUACAAAAAAUGUGGUUAAAUUAGAGGUAAAGAAACGCAGAACGUGAUACUGAUCUUUCCAUGGGAUCCGUCAGAACUGGGCGAUUACCUACAGUUCCGCAGCCAUGGCCAUAAAAAAAAAAGAUGACUAAUAUUUGGCACAUGGGAACUGAA